AGUAUGGCCAAAUUGAAUAUGCCACCGUCUGCAUGGAGCCCCGAAGCAAGGGGUAGUAAUUUCCUUAUCAAUACUUUCCACUAGCCCUGGCAAAGUGUCUAGAGGUUUUGGAUUCGUUAAAUUUGCCAAAAAGGAAAGUGUCCAAAUAGCUCUAGAGGCGAUGCAAGACAAAGAAUUGCAUGGAUCGAAAAUUAAGGUGGAAGUUUCAAAAAGAGCUGAGCCAAGAAGAAAGACCCCAGGUCGCUAUGCUGGUUAUGCCUACCGUCGCUCUCGAUCUAGAUCACACAGAAGAAGAAGAUCUAUAUCGUCUGACUCUUACUCAAGCAGUCGUAGAAGACAUCAUAGGUGCCCAAUUUAUCAAUAUUUCUUAGUCGUCGACGACAUUACAAAAGAAGAUCGAUUUCAAAAUCCCCUUCAAGAAGUCCAAGUUAGAGUCAUAGAAGAAGAAGAAGAUGAACAAUUAGAUAAUAUUUCAAAUUAUCAAAAUAUUAUUUUACCUUUUUAAAUCAGCAUUAGUUUUCUACUUAUGGAUUAAAUAGAAUUUAGUUGA